AUGUCGCACCUGGGUACAACUGUGCUGCCAUCCGGUCUGCACGAGGGAUACCCGGUGUCCAGUUUGACGGUGCUGAUUCUGUUGCUAAUCCCGUGCAUAGUACUGCUACUAGUGCUAAACUGCCUGUUGCUUGGGUACAAACUUAUCAUCUUCACCAGGAGGAGGAAGACGGAGCGUUCGAGUACUGAAAGCGGCACGCUUUUGCAUUCCUCCCUGUCCUCCACGCGCCAGCGGAUCACCAGAUUCUCGGAUGGUCCCUCGUUGAGCCAUCAGAGCAGGAAGACGAACUAUGCGUCAGUAUCAGAACCGAUGCUCUCAUUGCCCGCCAUCACUUCGUCCCUAACCUCAUCGGCAGAGCGCCGGGCCACAGGGCAGCGAUGGGGGAGAUUGGCCAGACCGGACGGGGCAACCUGCGCCGGGUCCGGGUCCCUACGUGUGCCGAGCACGCUCUUACUAGGCGCAACUUCCAGCAGCGGAUCGACCAGACGAGCGGGCCUGCCCCGCAGCUCACGUUCCUGGCGAAGGAGUGCCCCGGUGUUGGUCCAGUCCAGCGACUCAGAGGCAGGUGCCAAUGCCGUGCCUCCCAACUCACCGGAGUUUCACGUGACACCAAAUGGGUGUCCCGGACAAAGAGGGAUCAUCCGAAGGAACAGCACCAUGGUGCUGCCCUGUGAGUUAGAGUCUCCAGAUAAAGUACAUGUGGAGUGUGAGUUUGCCAGCAGCAUUCCCCCCGAGACAUCCUGUGUGGUGGUGUCGGCAAACUCCUCAGCCGCAGGCCCGGGACUGGACAGUGACUUUGGAGCAAGCGCAGGAGUGUCUUUGAGGAUCCUGUCAGCAGACAGUGAUGGUUUUCCCGGUUCGGCAUUGGCAUCUGGGCUGGAAUGGGAUUACUAUGACCCAAGUUAUGUCACUCAGAACCACGUCCCUAAACACAGACACCAUGCACCACCCAUCACCACCAAACAGUACUGGGUCUGA